UAUUUAUGUGCCACUUUCUGCCAUUUGUCUUGUUGUUGAGAUGUUUUUUUACAGUCAGAAUAUGCCUCAAUCAUUAUGUUUAAUAUUGGUGGAAGCAUGAUUGUGAGGAGUCCUUGCUAAAAACAAGAACAACAAGCCUUACCCAAUUGGAUUAUGAUUGGUUUAUGCUAUUCCCAAUGCCAUUUUAGCAUGUGAAUUUGAGUAUCAUUCAAAAACCUCUGCGCUAUUAUAUAUCUGAUUUUAGAUGCCCCACAUAUGCACCUUUCUUUUGCUUUUGCUCUUGGUUUUGCUGCAGUUUAAUCUCCUUCUCAACUUAAUUUGUCUUGCCCCUUUUUUGACUCUAUCUAGCCUUUUUUAUCAUUGCUUUUGGAGAUCAGAGUGAAAAGAAACUGACCCAUGUUUCUUUCAUUCAAGGUUAUGCCCUUCAACUGUUUGAUAAAAGGUCUCAAAGAAAGUUAAGCUGGGAAAUUGUACUACUUUUUACAGGCAUUCUGUUCCAAACUAGCCUAGUUUUCCUCUUCAGUUUUUUACAGCUUGGUCUUUGUUUGUUUCAUCUUUUUCUCUCUCUCUCUUUUCAACCCACCAUUGGUCAUUAAAAUGAACUGUUUUGGAGGGAAUCACAGUGUUCAAACAAGCCUGAGGAACACUUUUUGUCUGAUCUUUUGUUAGUCAAAAUGCAUUUUUGUGUCUUUCUUUUCUACUUUGGUUUGUGUAAUAACUUUAAAUGUUAAUAGAUAUUCUAGUUUGGAUUUAAGUGAAAACCAAAUGGACCUGAUAUGGUACUUACACGUACAAACAACUUAGAAAGCCAUUGACAUAGCGAGAGAUUUGGCCCGUUAUCUCCAUUUGGCCUUAUUACAUGCAUUUUUUGGCAAACGUUAUGUUAGGAACCAUGAACCUCCACAAUGGUAUGAUAGUCUCUCCUUAAUUGAGACUCGACUCCUUUCUCUAGAUCCCUCGAACAAAGUACACCCUUUGUUCGAUACUUGAGUUACUUUUUUACUACACCAUCCCGGACUCACAACUUCCUUGUUUGACAUUUGAGGAUUCUAUUGACAUGAAUAAGUUAAGGGCAUGGUUAUGAUAUCAUGUUAGGAAUUACAAACCUCCAUAAUGGUAUGAUAAUGCCCACUUUGAGUGUAAGCUCUCGUGAUUUUGCUUUUGGUUUCCCCAAAAGACCUCAUACCAAUGAAAAUGUAUUCCUUACUUAUAAACCCAUGAUCAACCUCUUCUCCCUCCCAACAAUCCUCAACACGUUACAUUACGGGGAAAAAAUAUAUGGACUAAAAUGACAGAAGGGCAGAGACAAAAAAACAAACCAAACUUCUUUCUUUGGUUUUGUUUGGCUUGAACUGCGCACAAACAUGUCCAAAUUGGUGGGUUAUUUGAGCCAUGUAAACAUUGAACAUAUUCAAAUUGGUGUGUUUUCUUCUUCUUUGUUUGUUUGUUCUUCUUUUAGGGAUAGUUCCAACUGUUAUGGGGACUUGAAAAGAAAGUAAAUAGCGUUUUCAAAUAUUAUAUUUGAUGAGAUUGUAAAACAAUAUCCCUGGAUUUGUACCUUUUUCUUUCAUAUCAGAGUGAUUAAAGGGAUUGAAUAAGAACAGUGAGGGUCUUCCAUAGAAUGAUAUGUAAAAUGUACUUUUUCUUCUUUUUUUCUUUCCUUUUUCUCCUUCACCAACUCACACUCUUUAAAAAGAGCUUCAAGAGCUGCUUCAAUCCUUCAUCCCAAACCCAAAAAACCUCUAAAGCUUCCCUUUAUCUCUGCUGCAAACUGUUCUUCCCCUUCAUAUUCUACUGGUUUUUCCCUUUUGUUCUAAUGGCUACCUCCAAAGCCUCUGAUAAAGCCUACCCAAUUUAUGAAACUGCUCAAUCUCAAAUGGGUUUUGCUCUAAUUCAAAGAAACUCCUCUCCAAUAUCUCAAACUGGAGGAGAGAGAAGAGGCAGAAGAAAACAAGCUGAACCAGGAAGGUUCCUUGGUGUCAGAAGAAGGCCAUGGGGCAGAUAUGCUGCUGAAAUUAGAGACCCAACAACCAAAGAAAGGCACUGGCUUGGCACUUUUGACACUGCCCAUGAAGCUGCCUUGGCUUAUGACAGGGCAGCCCUGUCAAUGAAGGGUACUCAAGCAAGAACCAACUUCAUUUACUCUGACACCUCAACUUUCCAUUCCAUUCUCUCUGCUUUUGAUGUCCAAACUUUGCUUCCUAAUUCUGAUACUCACUCCCCUGUUCUUCAUCAAGCUCAAUCUCAGCCCUCCAUUCCUCAAACUUCAUCAAAUCACCAUGUUUCUGCUAAUGAUCAUGACACCAAUUUCUUCUUCUCUAAUGAUUCCAACUCUGGUUACUUGAGCUGCAUUGUACCUGAUAAUUGCUUGAAACCCCCUUCAGAUUCUACCCACAAAACCCAGCUCAAGAACAGCAUUAGAUCCAUUGAAUCAAAUGAUCAUCUUCAAAAAUUCAGCUUCUUUGGCUCAAACUCCAUUGAUACACUUCCUUUUGAAGGUCUGGAUGUUUCAGCCAUGACUUAUGGCUCUGCUGUGAAUGAACCAAAUUGUUGUAAUGAUGGAGUGUGGGAAAAACAGCAAAUUUGGGAGAGUAAUGGUGAUGAACUCUCAGCAAUAAUCAAUAGCUCAUCUUCUUCCUCAUCCUCCUCUGCCAUGGUGGCUGAAGAGGAAGCUUUUCAUCCAUUUAUGAACAGUUCUUAUGGUGGUUUGUUGCCUCAGUCUUCUACUUGUUGUCCUUCAGUUCCUCCUUUUGGUGAUGCAUUUGAUUUUGGGUAUCCAUUGCUUUGAGCAGCAAUGGGUUUGAAGUUGGUGAAUCUGAGGCUAAAAGAUAGGAUUAUU